GCGAGUGGUUAUCGGAAUUAAAGCUGUCUUAGCAUAUUAAGUUGCAUUUGCGUAACAAAUUAAUUUGUUAUAAAGUUCAACAAUGGGUCGAGAUGAAAAAAAAGAACUUUACUUUGAUUUUUUGGAUUUUUUGAUGGCAGAAGAUGAUUUACCUAAUUGUUCUUUGGAUGUUUAUCAUGCCAUUUUAUUGUAUGCGGAAUUUAUGAAGAUAGAGCCUAUGAGUCGUUCGAAAUUUAGGGAGAUAAGUAGUAGAAUGUUUAAAAAUCACAUUAUAUUGUAUAUAAGACAAAAAAGGAUAACUUUGUCCCAUAAGUUAAUGUUGCGUUUAGAGUAUGACCACGUAGGAUCUGAAAAUGACUAUAACUUGAUUGAGAACCGUUAUAUGGGCCAGGAACUAUGUAAAUUAUGUAAUACGAAGUUCAAUGUACACUCUGAGUUUGUAAAACACAAGAAAACCGAAAGACAUGUAACAAGAAUCAUGUAUUUGACUUCACAGGUGGUCGAGAAUAACAAUAUUAAGUUGCUCGAUAAUAAUUUAAUUCAAUUUGAUAAAAUAACGUUCACACAGAGGACUAAGGCAUUUGUAAAUGUUAAGUUAAUGAAUAACACCACCAGCAUGUACAAGAUUUUAGAUGUUUUUCAGUUGAACACUCAUUUUGAUGUAAAUCUGAAAUAUUUGGACAAACUACCAAUCAACUGUGAACCCAAAUCAACAAUCUGUGUACAACUAAUGGGUACUUUUAAAGAAGCCCAAGAUUUCACGUUACUGCUGGGAAUUAUCAUGCAAAAUUCGCAAAAUACAAUGAGAGUUGUAAAAAAACUUAACAUCAAGGUUAAAAAAUCGUUGACAGAUCAAUAUGUGAAACCCCCAAUAACAAGAGAUGACGAUGACGAUGAGGUUAUACCAGGUGAACCACUACCAGAAAAUGACAGUCCCUUUAUACCAAUAAACAAAGCAGAACUGCACAAACCACCAAAGAAUACCUUGAAGAUGCUUGAAGAAAUGGCAAAGAAAGUGCCCAUUCCGAGAAAGAAAUGUUCCGUGGACAACUCGCAAGAACUGUAUGCUACUAAGCAAAACUAUGAAAAAUUUUUCCAUCACCUGUUGUACGAGGAAGAACUGCAAAUGAGGAAGGAUAUUAAGUUGUACAAUACUCGAGCCCCUUUGGAGUUCAUUGGGUUUUUGUACAGAUUACAAGUGCCAGGUUUAGCUGAGUCCAGACCGUCUUUAAUACGAGGCGAUUCCGUUUAUGUAAAGGAAAGUGAAAAUUCCAGAAGGAAAUUCCAGGGAAUUGUACACAAGUUGGAGAAGAAUUCCGUUUUGCUUGGGUUUAACUCCAGCAUCAAACCUUUAGCCAUUAGGAACUUAAAGUUCUUCAUCGAGUUCAGUUUCAAUAGAUUACCGAUAAGAGUUGAACAUCAGGCGUGCAAAUUGGUGAUGGAGCAUCAAUUUAUAAAAUUUUUAUUUCCUGAAUUAAGAAAGUUAAAGUAUGGUGAUCACAAGCCGAAUUAUUUUGAUAGGAACUUGAAUGAAAAACAAAAAAUCGCCGUGGCUAAUAUACUGAACGCUCCUCAAAAUUCCCAACCGUAUUUAAUUUUCGGACCACCCGGUACAGGGAAAACUUCUACGCUUGUGGAGGCAAUAAGACAAAUUCACAGGUAUGAACAAAAUUCGAGAAUUUUGGUUUGCGGUCCCUCCAACUCCGCAGUGGACGAAUUGGCCUUGAAACUGUUAAAAAACAUACCCACCUCGGAAAUGCUGCGUUUCGUGGCCCUAUCUUACUCCAGAAGCCUCAAAGACUCCAAAUUACAGGAAAUUGUGAACGUCAAACACGGCGAGUUUUUUACACCCACCAUCGCACAACUCCAAAAAUACAGAAUCGUUUUAACCACAAACAUAAAUGCGGCUAAAUUCCACUGCGGUGAUGUAAAACCGAAUCACUUUAAUUACGUCAUCAUAGACGAGGCAGGGUAUUUAACGGAAACCGAGACGUUGGUACCACUGGCCGGAGUGUUGACGCACCAAACUUUCAAAGGGGAAGUGCAUGGUAAGUUGGUUCUGGCGGGGGAUCCCAGACAGUUGGGACCCAGAAUCCACUCCAAAACGGCCGCUAAAUACGGUUUCGGGGUUUCCCUGAUCGAAAGAUUGAUCGAUAGCUGCGAGUUAUACCAACCUGAGAACGAAAUAUCGGACGAUAUAAACUACAGCCUCAACGAGAAGUAUAUCACGCUGCUGGAGAUGAACUACAGGUCGCACCAGGCGAUUUUGAAGGCCCCCAACGAGUUUUUCUACAACGAUAAACUCAUAGCUGCGGAGGAAAAUUUCUCGAUGCUGUUCAACAACUGGGAGGGCCUCCCGACUAAAGGUUUCCCCAUCAUUUUUCACAAUGUGGUUGGGGAAGACGCCAGGGACAAAAAUUCACCGAGUUUUUACAACGCCAAGGAGGUGCAACAAGUUGUAGCGUAUAUUAAAAUGCUUCUGGACACUAAACUACAAGGGAAGCAAAUUUCGCAGGACGAUAUAGGUGUUAUAACCCCAUAUAGAAAACAAAUAGAGAAACUGCAUGCGGAAACCUCUAAAAAUAACUGGAAUAAAAUCCUUGUGGGUACUGUGGAACAGUUCCAAGGCAAAGAACGGACCAUAAUAAUAAUAUCAGCAGUCCGAUCCAAGAAGGAAUUGGUGAAAUUCGAUAAAACUUUCGACCUGGGUUUUCUGGUCAACCCGAAACGUUUCAAUGUUGCCAUAACGAGGGCCAAAAGUUUGGUUAUUUUGGUUGGUAACGCUGGUAUUCUGCAACACGACAAAUAUUGGAGACGCUAUAUCGAAUACUGCAUCGAAAAUAAAUCAGUAAAAGGUGCAAAAUUUAUUCUCAACGAAUCCAUGGAAGACUUAGAAAAUAUUGAUGAUGUCACAACCGAAAUUGUUGAUUUUUCCAGGGGAAAUAUGUAA